GCGCUGAGCGGCGCCGAGAGUGAGUGGGCGCAGCGGGCGGGCUGCAGGUCCUCAGGCCGGGCAGGCUCUCCCCCCGCACUCGCUGACGCAUGCAGAGGCGGCGGGGCUGCCGGCCGAGCGGGUCCCCGGGUAAAUGUAGCGUUUUCGUGUGGCAACAAUGUGAAGGAGCGCGGUGCCUAGUAACAACUGGCCGUUACCCUGACUACCCCUCGCAACCGGUCCUCGCUUGUACACCGUCUGAAAACCGGAGAGUUUAGACCGAAGAGCACUGAUUCAAAAUGAGUGAACUAAAAGAUUGCCCACUGCAGUUCCAUGACUUCAAGCCAGUAGACCAUGCAAAGAUGUGUCCUCGGUAUGCUGCUGUGUUAUCGCGAUCGGAAGAUGACGGGAUUGGAAUUGAGGAACUGGACACGUUGCAGUUGGAACUGGAGACAUUGCUGUCCUCAGCAAGUCGGCGUCUACGCAUUUUGGAAGCAGAGACACAGAUCCUCACAGACUGGCAGGAUAAAAAAGGAGAUAAGAGGCUGUUGAAAUUUGGGAAAGAACAUGAGCAUGGAACGCCACAGAAACAUGGAAAGCCAAAGAAGCAGAAACUAGAUGGAAAGGGCAGUCACGGAACUGGACCUGGGCCUGGACGUCCUAAGUCAAAAAAUGUACAGCCUAAGAUACAGGAGUACGAAUUUACAGAUGAUCCCUUGGAUGUCCCCAGGAUUCCAAAGAAUGAUGCCCCAAAUAGAUUCUGGGCAUCAGUGGAACCGUACUGUGCUGAUAUAACCAACGAAGAGAUCCGUAUCCUUGAGGACCUUCUGAAACCGCCUGAAGAUGAAGCUGAGUAUUACAAGCAGAUCCCUCCUUUGGGAAAACAUUACUCUCAGCGUUGGGCACAAGAGGACCUUCUGGAGGAGCAGAAGGAAGGUGCUCGUGCUGCAGCAGCAGCAGAGAAGAAGAAAGGCAUGCUUGGAACUUUAACGGAGCUCGACUCUAAAGAUGUAGAUGCAUUGCUGAAGAAAGAGCAACAUGAUCAGCCCGAAGAUGUUUCUCCUUUUGGGCCCCUUACGCAACGAUUGCUGCAAGCUUUGGUGGAGGAGAACAUUAUUUCACCAAUGGAAGAUUCUCCUAUACCGGAGAUGACAGGGAAAGAUGCGGGGACUGAUGGAGCAAGCACGUCCCCUCGAAGUCAGAAUAAGUCAUUUAGUGUUCCUCAUACAAAAUCUCUAGAAGCUCGAAUUAAGGAAGAACUAAUUGCACAGGGUCUGUUGGAUUCUGAGGAUCGUCCUACUGAAGACUCUGAGGAUGAAGUUCUAGCAGAACUGCGUAAACGUCAGGCUGAACUGAAAGCCCUCAGUAGCCACAAUCGAGCAAAGAAGCAGGAACUUCUCAGACUUGCCAAAGAGGAGUUAAAAAAGCAGGAGUUACGACAACGAGUGAGGAUAGCAGACAAUGAAGUCAUGGAUGCCUUCCGGAAGAUCAUGGCAGCACGCCAAAAGAAACGGACACCGACAAAAAAAGAGAAAGAUCAGGCAUGGAAAGCACUGAAGGAAAGAGAGAGCAUCUUAAAACUUUUGGACAGUUAAAGGCAACUUUGCCGACACACUGUUACUUCAAAAUUAUUGGGGAAGCUUUUGUCGUUUCCGAGUUGUCUGGACUUGAACUGACAAAAACAAGAUGAUUUAGAUUUCCCUGUUUGGAACUGGUAACAUUCCAUUGCAGCGGGCUGUCUCUGUUGCAGCUUGCUUGUCUUGUAUGUCAAAGGUGGAUAUCUAUUAUAUAGAAAUCUGAAUGUUGUGCUUUGCUAGUUUGAAUUUGUACUGUAUGUAAGAGUAAAGUUUCUGCUGCGUGUUCAGAUAAGAGUGUAAUAUUUAUAGGUGAUUGUACUAUGAUAGUCCUUCAAAUGUGAUGUUAACAACUGACACUUUAUAACUUUUGAGAAAGAUUGUCUUCACUCACCCCCACUCCAAUAAAAUUUUAAGGAAAUAAUGUAUGGAGGUGAUCUCUACGACACAAAAUAUAUUCAUUAUUCUUUAAACUAUGUUAAUUCUAUUUUCACACCCUCCCCAUGAAGUUAAUGUACUGUGGUCUCUGAUAUUAAUUUGAAAUAUUCCUGCAUUUCCUCUCAACCAUUUAGAAAUAUAGAACAUAGAAAACCUACAGCACGAUACAGGCCCUUUGGCCCACAAUGCUAUGCUGAACAUGUACUUACUUCAGAAAUUACUUAGGGUUAUCCAUAGCCCUCUAUUUUUCUAAGCUCCAUGUACCUAUCCAGGAGUCUCUUAAAAGACCCUAUCAUAUCCGCCUCCACCAACGUUGCCAGUAGCCCAUUCCAAGCACUCACCACUCUCUCCGUAAAAAACUAACUUACCCCUGGCAUCUCUUCUGUACCUACUUCCAAGCACCUUAACACUGUUAGCCAUUUCAGCCCUGGGAAAAAGCUUCUGACUAUUCACAUGAUCAAUGCCUCUCAUCAUCUCAUACUCCUGUAUCAGGUCACCUCUCAUCCUCCGCCUCCCAUUUAUUGCUUGAGAUUUGUAAAUUCAUUUAUUCACCCAUUUAUUAUCAAAAUACUAUAAAUUUCUAAUAUCAAAGCAUGGAGGGGGAGUAAGGGCAGAUGGUGGAAGAAAAAGUACAUUUUAUAGAAAGGGAGUCAUAUAAGGUUUAUAUAACUUAAGCAACAGUAGCUAGUGUUUCUUUGACCCGUCCCAGGGUAGCAUCGGUACUGAAGUUCUGGCUAUUCUGGCUUUUGGGCCUUUGGCAGCAUGUGUUCUCAAUGAUCCCUGACUUUCGUGCUGGCUGUUGGCAGUGAGAAGAGAAGUUACUCAAGAAGUUUGUUCCACCCUUGGCUGGUGGUAGAGUAAACCAUUCCUACAUCUCUUCUGUGGGUUUCAGCUGCCUUCCUGAAUUAUCUUCUGAGACAGUUGCUAUUGUUUUUACAUUUUGUUUCUGCAUUUGAUUAAAUGGGCUGACCAGCCUUGCAUUGGAGGAAUCUGAUCCUUUCAUAGUUGAUCUUGCCAUUUUGCACACAAUCCAGCUCAGUUUACAGCAGAGAAAUGGAUUGUUUGGGAACAGGUCGGUUUAGCUGAGUUGGCCCUUUCUCCACCUUCCUCGGGGAUAACCUGAAACGUUGAUGUAUUGUAGAGGAGCUGCUAAUAUUUGAAUCGAUAUUGAGGAGGAAGAGUUGUGGGUGUGCACUGUGGAAAUAAGUUUUGCAAAGUACUAUAAUAUUUUGCUACCAUUGUAUGAAAGGAGCUGAAGAAUCAUAUUGCCAAGCUUGCUAUUUUAUUUUAAGCAGGAGCUUUGCGGUAAUCAGUAAUGUAAGUUCUGUGCUGCAACACAGAGACUCUGAUCACCUGUCUGUCAGACUUAUACUGUUGCAAUGACUAUACUACUUCACUGAUCUGAAUUCUGGAAGCAACUAGCAGUCAUUGAAAUCCCAACACAGAUGUCUUCUUACUAAGUUAUUGGAUCAUAUUUGAAGCAACAAGUUAUCAUCACUGGUAAUGUCAAAUACUCAGUAGUGUACUCGUCAUUAGCAAACUGUAAUGAACUUUAAAUAAAUAUUAAC